AUGAACUUUGCUAGGGCAUCAUCGUUGUCACCUGAUGCAAGGGUGGCUCGAAUAUCUUCUUCACUCGAGAACAUGCUGGGGAUAUCUUCUAACUCUCUAGUAGCAAUGGCGUCACAACUAUCUGAGGAAGAAGAACGAGAGCGUGCUUUUACAAACCGUGGCCGUUGGAACCAGCUACGAUCAAUGGGAGAGGCUAAGAACUUACUUCAGUGCCAGUUAUGGGAGAAAGAUGUUGAAAUAAAAGAAAUGAAAGAUCAGUUCAAAGAGAUCGUUGGCCUUAUGAGUCAGAGUGAGCUGAGAAGGAAAGAAGCAGAGAAGGAGCUUAAACUAAGAGAGCAAGCACUUGCAACUUCCUUAGCUUCAUCUCCACUUGGAACCCCACCGAGUUCAGUGAAACAUUUAGCUGAAGACAUGAUCACACCUUCUCCAAUGACCGUGUCAGCACAAAAACAGCUCAAGUUCACUCCAGGGAUUGCCAACGGAAAAGUGAGAGACCAUUUAGUCGUGGCUUAUCUCUCCCGGGUACUUGAGUCAGCCUUCACUGCUUUGGAAGGUCUUAAUAAGCAAGCCUUCCUGACUGAACUGGGAAACAGGCUAGACAAACUACUACUAACUCACUGGCAGAAGUUCACAUUCAAUCCCAGUGGAGGACUACGGCUGAAGCGUGACAUAAACGAGUAUGGAGAUUUUGUAAAGAGAUUCAGUGUUCCAUCUGUGGAGGAGAAAUUUGAGCUUCUGGGAAUAAUGGCGAACGUAUUCAUCGUUGCUCCAGAAAGUUUGGCGACUUUGUUCGAGGGUAGUCCAAGCAUUCGCAAAGACGCGCAAAGGUUUAUACAACUGGGGAAGACUAGAAGAGUGCAAAGCUGGCAACAAGACUCAGCUCCUUGUGGCCAAGCUUGAGCUGAUGAUACCAAUGUUUAAAGAAACUACUUGAACCAAGAAGUCCUCUACUGCGAGAGAUAUUUUAUGUAUAUUAACUUGAAUAAUAAUAAUCUAUGCCCUCGUUUAAUUUUGAAUCCUUAUUUUGUAUGAGUGCAUCAAACACUUUGGACCAGUCACACUCCUUUGUUAGUUGGAUUCUUA